UUGUUUUUUUAUCUUGUCCCAUUUAUUUAAUAUAUUGUAGGUUCUUAUUGCCAUGUAUAUAACUUUUAACUUAGUAACUUAUCAAAGGGACCGCUUACACGAAAAUGAGAGGACAUCUUUAAUUAAACAAAGUAGCUGCCGAUUAAGCUUUUCUAGACGUUUUUAUGGUGAAUGAGUGUGAUAAAAUGCUUCCGAAAAAUACUGCAAAUAUGUGGAUUCCACGCUUAACAUAUUUUUCUAAGGAAAAGAUAUGAAACCAUCAAGCAUUCUACAUCUUUAAAGAAAAAGCAGUUUUUAAAACCGAUGGUUCAUGGCAUCUACCAAGAUCCCUGUACAGAAGGUAAUCCUUUGUGGAGAGUUUGGAGUUGGCAAAAGUUCUCUCUUUAGAAGGUUUACAAUGAACAAAUUUGUCUCCAGUGCAGAUCGUAGCUCUACACUAGGGCUGGACCAUUCCUACAAAGUUUUUGAUGUUUGUGGAAGAGAAGUUAAGCUUCAGUUGUGGGACACUGGAGGGAUGGAACGAGUGGCUUCUAUCACCAGUAGCUACUAUAAGUUUGCAGAAGCUGCUAUCUUGGUGUUUAGUUUUGACAACCCUGACUCCUUCAAUAUUUUGUCUCAACACUUAUUGGACAUUGUUACUUAUGCAGAGGGUGCCAAAAUCUUUUUAUGUGGAAACAAGAUUGAUCUGAAGCAUCAGAUGUUUGUUACAGAUACUGACAUUGAUGAGUUUUGUGAGCAGUGUCAUAACUUAAUCAGUGGUGUCUUCAAAACGUCAUGCAAGACUGGGGAUGGUGUUGAAGAAAUGUUUGCUGACAUUGCUCGUCAAUUAGUGUCUACUUCAAAGACAGCAGAGGUAAAAAAAGAUUCUUUCAAGUUAACUGCUCAAGAUAAACCUCAGGAGUCAUGCAUGUGCUAGUCCUCUUGUUUUAGUCAAGCCUGGCAAACAAGAACCAUUUUUAUAAAUUGUUUUUAGUUUUAUAGAGAACAGCAGAACAGUAUGAGAAUUACUUAGUGCUUGGAUCAUAACUAUCCUGACAAAAGUUAGCCCACAGAUAAUGGAAGUGAUGAAACUUUUCUGAAAUUCUAUAUUCUGUUAAUUUUAUUAUGAUUAUAUACAAAACAUUUGUGAAAAUAUACUUUUUUUUGCUGGUUUCUUACUUGGUGGUCGUGUGCUUUAAUGUAUUUAGCUGAGAUAAAUGUAGUUUCUAAAAUGUUUACUGAAGAUUUCAAAAUAGUAAAAUAACCUCAGAGUUGCUCAUCAUAAAAGAUAAUGAGCAUGAAUUGAGCAUACAUAAGUAAUUCAUAAUUAUUAAUAAGUGCACAACAGGAUUAUGUAAUAACAAAGUGUGGGGACAUGGAGAAAGUGGUGUAUAGCACUAUGGAAAUGGGAGAGACAAGAGAAGUAAUAGAUUUCCUUAGUACAUAAAUAAUUCAUAAUUAUUAAUAAGUGCACAACAGGAUUAUGUAAUAACAAAGUGUGGGAACAUGGAGAAAAUGGUGUAUAGCACUAUAGAAAUGGGAGAGACAAGAGAAGUAAUAGAUUUCCUUAGCGAGAGCUGAACUUGGGUGUCACAGGACAUUUCAAAAGGAGUUUUUAAGAUACAAAUUAGCUCAUAAUAUUAGCCAGAUUAAUUGGAACUUAGUUUGAUAUUUAGUGCAUACCAUUACAACCUAUGCAACAAAUAAUUUAGAAUACUUUGGUGAUAGGGUGCAUCCGGGGAGUUACUAAUUUAUUAGGAAUAUAUCAUGCAAGAGUGUAAAAGAGAGAAUUCUACACAUGGAGCUCAACAGAGACAGAUAUUAGAAUACUGUUAUAAAAAGGUAGAUUCUUUAAUGAGCUAUAUUUAUAUUCCAUUGUUACUUAAAUGUAGGUGUAUUCAAGUAUGUAUAGAAGACACAUCUUAAAGAGUUGAAACAAUAUUAUCACUAUAUACAGCUGGUUUUUAAUUGUUUUAUAGCCACAAUGCUUUUGGAAGCAAACAAUUCACAUAAUUAUUUAAAGUUUAAAGAUAUUAAUGUUUAAUAAAUUGGUUGUUAGUACAUCAUUUAAAUGAAAUUCAAUUAACAGAUUAUCUGUUAAAAUACCUGUAAUAACAAGGAGUAGGAUGACUUUGUCAAAGAUUAGUCACUGUACCACACUAGGUUACAUUCAAACAAUAGUAGAUAAAUGUUUAUCUACCAUUCUUUAUUACCCAUUCAAGCCAUCUCCAAACAUUACUACACAUGAAUAUAUUACAACAAUGUAGAGUAAAAUAAUAAAGCAUAAGAUGUGGACAUCAUACAACCAAUAACAAAAUAUGAAAAUACUACAACAUUGCAGGAAAAUGAUUAAUCGACAUUCAUCAUACUGUGGAUUUUAUGUGACUAAACAAUAACAAUAUGUAUGAAAACCACCCACCCUUCAGAAAAUUACAAAUUUAUACCCACCCAUUAUUUUUCCCCUCUUAAUCUCUUCUAAAAUGUUAGUCACCACUACUGCCUACAGCCACUCAUUCCAUUAACCAACCACCCUGUUGGAAAAAAAUAAUACUGUCUUAACUGGAUCCUAGCCUUUUUUUUUUCAAAAUCUUAAACUUGUGUCCUCUCAUCCUAUUGUCUUUAGAAUACAGCACCAAGAAAUCAAAAACCUUUAUCCUAUUGAUCUCAAAGAUAAUCUUGUAAACUUCAAUAAGAUCACCUUUUAUCCAUUUUUUUCUCAAGAGAAAAUAAGAGAUCUUUCUCCAUUCUCGCAUUAAUUCUAAUAGCCACCCUCUGAUUCCUUUUUAAUAAGUCAAUAUUCUUUCUUGGAGAAGGAGACCAAAACUGUACUCAUUAUUCCAAAUGAGGCUAACUAGGGAUUUGUAUAGAGAUAAUUUUCUUUCUCUCUCUUUUUUAUAUUUUUUCAAUAAAUAACACAAAUUUAGCUUUAUCACGAGCACCAGAGCACUGACUUGCUAGCUUGUGACUUAUCCACCACUAUGCCAAGAGUUUUUCUCCAGUUAUGCUAUUCAGUUUGUUCUCAUCUGUAUUAAACAUUGGAUCCAAAUUAUGUGUUACCUUGCACUUAACUAUAAUUAAAGGUAAUUUGCCAUGUAUCUGUCCAACUUACCAAUUGAUCCAAGUCAUUCUGUGGUAUAUCUCAAUAUAACGUUAACAUUAAUGCAAUAAUCAUAGUUUACCAUAAUGUGGAACAUAGGACCAUUAAUAUAAUUUGCUAAUUAUAAGGCAAUUCACCAUACAGUGAAACUGACAGACAUUUACAAAGAUGUGAAAAAAGUAUAGGGAGAAAUAACACUGAUCACUUUAUUGUUGAUGUCUCCUUCUAAUCAACAAUUUUAGAUGCAAGUAAUAAACAUUAUGAGGGGCUACAGCCAAUACAUUAUUUAUUUUUGUAAUCAGCAUUGUUGUACAUGUAAGGAUAGUGAGACAAAUUUCCUGUAUUAGAGUAAACAUGAGAAUAUUGCUGUUUUCAAAUGUGGCAAGUUACCAGGAUGUGAAUGUGCAGGUUUUCACAUAAACAAUAUUUCAUCUUUUAUAAACACAAUUUUCCAUUGUUCAUUUGGACAACUGACUUGAUCAUUUAGAUAGUAAAAACUGUUUACAUCUUUUUAAUGCAAUUUUCUGUCAGCAUAUUUAAAUAUAAUCUUGUGUGUCGUGUUCUGUUGUUAAUGUUUGCAGACUAUAUAUAUGUUAAUUCCUACCAGUAAAUAAACUUUUGUACUUGAAGCAAAGGUUAGUUCCAUCUUAGCCCAUAGAUACACAGGGCUGAGAAAUUUGUAAGAUAAUACUCAAACCAUUUUAACUCUAUUAAAUUGAAAAAUAAUUGUA